UUUUAGGCCAUUUCAAUCUCGACACUUUUUUUGAAAUGGUUGAGAACAAUACACUUGCGAUAACUGGAGGCGUGGUACUUAUUUCAAGUGUUUCUCUAUUUUUGUAUUUGAGACAACUCAGGGCUGAAAAAAAAUCAAAAAGAACGCUUGAAGACGAUUCGGUCAAAUAUUUGCUUCCUCUCAUAGAAAAGUUCGAGAUCAGUCACAAUACGAGAAAAUUCCGAUUCGGAUUACCAUCGAAGGAUCAUAUUCUAGGACUUCCCAUUGGACAUCAUGUGUAUCUUAGUGCCAAUAUUGGUGGAAAGCUUAUAGUUCGAUCCUAUACCCCAGUGUCUUGUGACUUAGACUUGGGAUAUGUAGAUUUGAUGGUUAAAGUGUAUUUUAAGAAUACACAUGAAAGAUUCCCGGAUGGUGGGAAAAUGAGCCAACAUUUGGAGAGCCUCAAGAUUGGAGAUACUGUUAGCUUCCGUGGUCCACAUGGAAGCAUAAUUUAUAAGGGAAGUGGUCUAUUCACUGUACGAAUGGAUAAGAAGGCCGAGCCAAAGAAUCGAUUUUUCAAGCAUCUUUCCAUGAUUGCUGGAGGUACCGGAAUCACACCGAUGCUUCAAGUCAUUGCCGCCAUUCUUCGUGAUCCAAUUGACGCUACUCAGAUCAGACUUCUGUUUGCAAAUCAGACCGAAGACGAUAUUCUGUGCAGGAAAGAGCUCGACGAGCUAGCCGAGAAGCAUCCAACUCGUUUCCGUGUAUGGUAUACUGUAAGCAAAGCGUCAAAAGAUUGGAGAUAUUCUACAGGGCAUAUAAAUGAGGAAAUGAUCAAGGAACAUCUAUUCCCUUCCAAUGAGGAAUCUGCUGUGCUGUUGUGUGGACCACCAGCAAUGAUCAACUGUGCGUGCAUUCCAAAUCUUGAUAAGCUUGGACACAAUUCAGAAAAUUACCUUAUAUUCUAGUUUCUUAUUCAACUUUCUCAUUGUUUUGCAUAGAUUUAUAUAUAAAACCAUUAUGUCAAAAACUUAA